AUGAAAAAGAAUAUUGUGCAAAAGAGCGCUGCAAUUGAAAAAUUUAAUGAAAACGCGGUUUGUGGAGUUAUUGGUGAAUCAGCUCCGACCGGCGGUACAGCAUACAAUUACUGGACCGAUAAAGCGUGGGGCACCAAUUUGGGUAAUUGGCUUGUGCUUGAAAGGUGGAUGGAUUCUUCCAUUUUUACCAGAUAUGCUCCGAAUGCUGACGAUGAAUGGACGUUUUGUCAACAGGCAGCUAAUCCUUCCCAGGCGUUAACAGAGCAUUGGAACGGUUGGAUCACUGAAUCAGAUUUUCAAAAUCUUGCAAAUGUCAAAGUCAAUCAUGUUCGUAUUCCUGUUGGAUAUUGGGCCUUUGUCGGCACUGAUUCCGGAGAACCGUACGUGACGAACGGUCAAAAAGCUCAAAUUGAACGAAUCCUGGGAUACUGUAACAAAUACGGAAUGUACGCAAUAAUUGAUCUACAUGGUUUGCCCGGUUCCCAGAAUGGCGAUGAUCAUUCGGGUCAUCGUGGCUCAAUCAACUUCUAUACAGAUUACAAUAUUCAGCGUGGGUUGAAUACUGUACAAGCCGUUGUAAAUUGGAUGAAUGGUCUGAACACGCCUUUGAAGUCCAGAAUUUCUGCUAUACAAGCAGCUAACGAGCCAAGAGUAUCGGGCGACCAAUUAAAUAAGCUGAAACGUUUCUACAGUCAAGCUUUCGACAUCAUAAAUGCAUCGAGCUUCAAAGUACCAAUGAUGUUUCACGAUGCCUUCCAAGGACUUAACGCUUGGUCAAAUUUCUUGUUGCCUCCUGCCAAUGCCGUCAUUGAUCUCCAUCCGUACUACGCAUUUCCUCCAAACAGCGACCAAACAUCUAUAAUUAAUGGCAUUUGUGGAACACGAUCAUCUGCGCAAAGUUUUCAUCUGCCCGUCUUUUUCGGCGAGUGGUCACUUGCUAGUGGAGUUGCUGACAAUAGUCAUUGGUUUAGAAAAAUGAUGGAUACACAAGUGUCUGUGUACAAAAACAGUGGAGCAGGAGGUACGAUGUGGUCUUUGAAGAACAAACUUAACUCGAAGGUCUGGUCAUUCCAGUAA